UCUCCUUAGGAGAUGGUAACGUUGUUGCUCUUCCACUGAAACUUUUCAUCUCCUGCUCUUUCCUUGCUAAAGUGCAUGGAAAAAGUUUCCCCUAGUUAGAAUCUGGGCAAGGAUUGGAAGGAGAAUGCCCCAUAAGUUUAUAAAUUAAGAAUUAGGUUCCCUAAACAAAAGGUGUUGAGUGUUAAACCAAUAAUUUUGCAGUCCUUUAGAGAAAAGGGAGUCUUUUUAGUGCUACAGAGUUGAGUCUUGCUUAGUUUGGGUGUAGGCAAAUUUCCUCUCUAACUUCUUUGGGAGGUAACCUGGCCCCAGAGACAGAGUUGCUGAAAUUAUUACUGGGCCAUAUCCAAUAUUUACAAGAGUUCAGCCCUUAUUUCUAAUCAUGAAGUAGAAUUCCUAUAAAAUGUUCCUCUCUUUUGCAUUGCUCCUCGGCUCCAAUUCCACACUUUCACAUCUUGCUCCUGAAAUAUGCUUGAGAGCACACUUCCUUUAACUGUUUUCCCAAUAACAUCCCUUGUUAAGAUGGUAAAUAUGUUUCAUCCCAAGGCAUCUCAAAUGUCUUACUUCUGAGUCACUCUACCUUUGAAGAAAGCUAUUUUAAUUACCUUAUUAUAACCUUAUAAUAUGGUGGCCCAGGGCAUUGUGUCCAAUGGCCAGAAACAAGCUUUUGUGAUGCAAUAACUUCAGAUACAUAUUUGCUUCAAUAACUAUAGAUAUAUACUCAGAACCAUGCCUGCCUACUGGGUUGUGGAGUGUAGGAACUGAAUAAAGGAAAAGCUUAGGGCCCCGAAAAAUAAUAGGGCUCUGGUUAGCAGAACCAGAGUAGACUAGAAGGUUUGUUAUCAGCUGGACACAAGACCAUGGAGGAAAAUUUCUCUCCUGAAGAAAGAAUAGGCAGCCUAAAGCAGUGUGCUAAAAAUACUUCUAGACCCAAACAGCCUGACAAGUGCCCUGAACACGUAAAUAAUUUUUCUCUUAGUGGGCCAACUUGGAUUCCAGUGGGACACAAAGGGUCUGCAAGUAAGUCCACCUCUGUUUUGGAGUCCAAGGUUAAAGCUCUUAAAGAGAAAAGGAACCUCAUAAACAGGCGAACUGAAGCAACAUCCCAGGAAGAGGCUUCUCUAAAGAAGCUUAAAGCAUGUGAGGGAAAGCUACCAACAGACACUGCUCUUCAAAAUACAGUAGUGGAGCCACAAGCUCAAAUCCGCACUUACUUGACAGAUGUGCUCUUGGACAGCACUGAGUACCCACAUCAGAUGCAGGAGGAAUCUCAGGGAACAGUCCUUCCAGAGCCAUACAUCAAUGAUUUUGAACCACAAUCUGUGGAAACAGGAGAGCCCACAGGCAUGAGCUUACCAAAAGAAUUCAGGAGGCUGCCUGGAAGAGACAUACCAUAUAAAAAGUGUUCUUUAGAAAAUGCCACAAAAAAGGCAUCUUUAAGUGCCAUCUCUGGAAUUGGCUCUUUGAAGGACCUUUCCUUUAUUCCAAAACCUUUUGAAGAAACAAAUGGUGAAGAAAUUCGCCCUAAGGAGUUUGACGGCAGUUCUUUUAUGAAAAAGAAUGACACGUCUGAGAUGGCAUCAGCUGGGAGGAUUUGGAGAACAGAGAGCUGGGACAGUCUUGGCGGUAGCAGCAAUGUCAGUACUUUAUCUUUAGCAGAGAGAGUGGAAAGAAACCGGACUAAGUUGCAGGAGAUGCUGAACACAUCACAGUUGAACAGCCGUUGCUCACAGGAACCACAUACUUUGGAUACUUACCGGAAGGAAACCCAAGACCUUGGAAAAAAUGGGCCUAAUAAUGAGAUUGUGCCAAACGAUGGAGCCUGGGAUUCUAAUGUCUCCUUACAGGAUUCUGAAGACUAUCGGGUUUUUGUUCCUAUCCAAAAGCUGGAGCUGAGCCCCAGGCAUGAACAGGCCAAGCAGCUGCUACAAAGAGCACGUAUGAAGGCCAGGACAAACCCACUCCGAGCUAGCCAUAACAUCCUACUUACUGCCCCCCCAGAAAAGAGGGAUACCUGUAGGUCCUCUGUUGCAGAUGCAAAAAAUUUUGUUUUGAAGGAUGAAAAUUUACACACUAGUGGGAACCAGAGUGAUUCAUCUAGUGGUGAGUCCAGCUAUGGGCAGCAGAGGAAGCAAGGGCUAUUGUCUCGAGUGCGUUUUGAGGAUGAAUCUGCAAGGGACGCUGAAGUUCGCUAUUUGGAACGUCUGCAGCAACGUCAGAAACGGCCCUUAGAUUCAGUUCUGUUAUCUCUUGGCCAGGGCCCACUGCUCUCCAAACCAGAUCUUGCUGGCUAUAUAAAUGGUGACCUCCAGCGUAAAGAGAGUAGCAUCAAGAAAUCUAGCUGGGAACAUCAAAGCAUGGGACAGGGAGCAAAAAUGCGUACUCACCAGAGCAAUGGAGGAUGUUUUGAAAAAGUCAAUAAAGAAAGGAAGUGUAGUGCCUGUGGGUCUUAUAUCAACAAUUCAGCAGACACUAGAAUCAACCAAAAUGGGAAUGGCAAAUAUGAAAUUGCCAAUGUCCUUCCUGGAGGCAGUGAUACUGUUCAUACUAACGGAAACAAAGAGCUUGGUGCUUCCCAGGAGAACUCACGGACAAAGCCUCUAGGUCCCAAAAGGACUCCAUUGUGGAUCCUUCCUUCUCGGCAGCGUGUUUUUGCAGAAUCCAUCAGGGAGACGUAUAUUGGUGAAAUUACUAGUGCUGAAGAUGUGGACUCAGCUUUAGGUAGCACCACUGACACAUCAGACAGCUACAGGACAGACAGUGAAGAAGCUGGCAUCAGCAGUCAGCAAUUUGUAAUCAAAAAUUGUCAUGGUGUCCCUAGGCCAUCGUGUUCUUCAGAGAAGAAAGCCAACAGUGUUAACAGGGACAGGGAAUGGGGAAAUGGCAGCUGCAAAAAUAAUAAAGAAAUUAUUUGGGAUAACGUUCCUAAUGUAAGCAGAUUGGAAAUUGGGUCAGGUGCUGACGAAGCACAAAUUUGUAGCUUGCAGGGAGGCUCUGAGGUAAAAGAUCAGGAGACUCAAACAGCCAUUUCAAGAAGCAACCAGCUAAUGAAUCUGUGUCAAAUGGAGAAAGAAGACAAAGACAAAGCACAAACAAAGGUACAUGGUGCCCAGUUGAGAGAAUCUGUAUCUUCCAUCUAUUCUCAGCAGUUGCUUUUUCAAGGUGGUAUAAAAAUUCCUAUGAACAGACCAGUCAUUAAUUUAUGCCAAACCAAGCAACAUACAAAACAGAUGGCCACUACCAACAAUUUAACAAAUCUAAUACCAACACCCCCUGCUACUGGAAAAGUCCACUCCUCCCCAAUGUCUUACAGGAGAGCUGUUUUAACAGGCAGCCACAAAUCGAUCAAACAGGACCCUGGACAUAUAAAUAACGAACUGUCAGUUUCAGCUGCCUCUCCUGGUUUCCAGGAUGUGGGUGUAUCUGGGCUAGAGGAGCAUAAUGGCCAGCAGAAUCCAGGGAUAUUCUCCGAACAUUUGGCUUUGUCCUCCAAUAAUCACAAUAACAUAUCUACCAAGUCAGAGCCCAAAACCAUAAUAACUGGCAGAGAUGAGCAACUUCAGGAGAGUGAGAAGAUGGGAAAAAAUCAAGUAGGUCCAUCAUCCUCAACAUGUGGUGUUCCCUCUGUUGCUCCCAAUGUCAUCAGUUCCACUGCUAUUAAUAUCUCCCUGACAACUGAAGAGACCAACUUCACAAUCUCCACUCAGUCAAUCAGUAGAGAAGCUCCAGUAGCAACUAUGCCGAAGAUAAAACCUGGACAAGUAAAUAUUAUUCAAUGCAAACACUUAGAGGUCUACCCGCAGCCAAAGAAACAGCAAUCCACCAAGGAAGAAGUCUCUUCUACAUCAGGUUUUAAAAAAUUCUUCACCACUCUGAGUCAGAGCACGAAACAAAAAUUGGGCAGAUUCCGAUGUUAUAGCAUAGAACAGAUUUCUAUGCUAGAAUCAGGAGCUGCCAAGCCCAACAUGGAAACUGGUCCAGAUACCAUUUGUUCUCCGAAAAUGAAGAAAGUAUCUUCCUUACAAUCCUUGCAGAUGGUGUCACCUUUUAGCCAACCAAGAAAAGCCUCUUCUGUUCAAAAUCUGCAUUCCUUUUUGGGCAAGAAUAAUCGGUCCAAUGUCUACCUGGUGGGGGAACCUAAGGAUGAAGAAGUUUCUUCUAACAGGAAAACAAGGAUUCCACAUAGAAGAUCCCUCAGUGUGGAGGACAUUGGGCCCCCUAACUUGGCGAGAACUGUCGGCCGGGUGGUAGCUGUUUUUCCAGAUGGAACUAGUCAAUUAGAAUUGCAGCGGUCCCAACAAGGCAACUUUGGGUUUCGUGUUUCCUCAGGGAAUGGUCGUCCUGAUACAGGUAUCUAUGUCCAGGAGAUGGCAGACACCAGUACAGCUAAACUCUACGCUGGAUUCCUAGAAGUUGGGGAUGAGAUACUUGAAGUAAACGGUGCCAAGGUUGCUGGGCUGGGCCUAGCCCGGAUCAAUGAACUGCUGCUGUGGGCGGAAACGCUCUCCCUGAGAGUGCUGAAGCAGAGGCCUCUUCGGCAGUAGCAGAAGAGGAGACCCUCGGGAGGGAAGCUUGAAGGGGCAGUUUGCCUUGUGAACAGGGCAAGACAGUUCUGGUGCUUACUAAGCCUACCUGAGACGUGGAGUUUGCAUCCUUGUCUCAGUGCUUGGAUGUGGAUGGAGGCACAAACCAACCCCAUGGGUUAUUCUGUAAUGGAAGCUGGUAUCUGUUGAAUAUUUAAUUUAUGCAAAGAUUGGUCAAGGAAUAGGAAUUAGUUAUCUGGCACCUCCCUAUGCAAAGAAUCGGGGGAAGGGGAGGAGGAUCAGGUAACAAUUUGUGGUUAAAGACUUCUCUUUUGACCACCAAUAUCCCCACAAACUCUUUACCUAAAAAUUGGAGGAUGCUGGAUCAUCUUAAUUCUUUAACUUGUAUUAAAGGUAAAGUACCUAUAACAAGUUGGGUGUGUUCAUAAAAACUUUUUUUAAAACAUUCAAGCUGAUAGUUUUUCUAGAAAUGCAGACAUUAUUGACUGAAUUGGAGAGCUGCUAAAGCAUAAGUAAUCCCUAUUAUGGAAAUCUUAUCUCCCCCCCCCUCUUUAUUUACAAGGAAAGAUUCUAUGACUUGAGAGACUUUAAAGAAGUUAGAUAUCUUUACCAGAAAAUCUACAGUUCCUUUACAAAGCUUAAGAGCCUUUACAGGCAUCCACAAAUUCUGAAUCAGUUUAUGUGCUACUAUAUACAGUAUAUGCCCAAACUUACUCAUGCUGCAGUAUUUGUAGACAAUUCUAUUUGUUCUAUUUUAAGUGUUUUAUGUUUGCAGUGAAAGCUAUUUGACUUUGGAUUUUUUGCUCCUUCAGCAGGCUGGAGCUGAGAAUUCCUGAUGUUGGCAGAUUCCCAUAGCUUCUUAAAAAUACUGAAUUUAAUUUUUGGAGAAAGAUUUCUCAGUUAUUACCAGAGAAAUUCUCCAGCUUGCCAUUUUUCGAGCCAGUUUGAACUUCAUAUUCCUGUAUCUCUCAUGUUCAGCUCUUUUCAAAACUUGCUUCUCAUAAAGCAGUAAUCCUGGGCCUGGAAUGUACCAUUCUAGAAUGCACAUGGAGUGAAAUGAUCUUUGAUUUGGUUGUUUGUAGAAAUAUUCAGGUAUAUCAGUUUCUAGCUGCAAUCUGAAAUGGUAGAGUUCACAGCCAGGUCUGUCACCACUCAUCAUCUUUUGUGUCUAUCUUAGAGCCAUCUUCUAGUCUCUAUAGCUGCAAAGACCAGGUUAUCUGUACCCAGAACAUGAUUGUGACAGGAGAGGCUUCUCUUUUUGAUGUAUUCAGCCCUGACCCACAACCAUGGGUUGCUUUUGACAACACUGGAAAGCCUCUCUACCUUGUUUCACUGUAUUUUCUGAUUAAAUUAUUUAUUAAAAGCAGUUAUGAAUUCUUG